CAUCCCCCCUGCCCGCCUUCUCCUGCCGCCGCCUUCCGCAGGCCAUUUCCACUGAGGAAAAGGAAUCGUAUCGUAUGUCCACCAUCCAGAACCUCCACUCUUUUGACCCCUUUGCUGAUGCAAGUGAGGGUGAUGAUCUGCUUCCUGCUGGCACUGAGGAUUAUAUCCAUAUAAGAAUUCAACAGAGAAACAGCAGGAAAACCCUUACUACUGUCCAAGGGAUCGCUGAUGAUUAUGAUAAAAAGAAACUAGUGAAGGCCUUUAAGAAGAAAUUUGCCUGCAACGGUACUGUAAUUGAGCAUCCAGAAUAUGGAGAAGUAAUUCAGCUUCAGGGUGACCGGCGCAAGAACAUACGCCAGUUCCUCAUCGAGACUGGACUGGCUAAGGAGGACGAGCUGAAGGUUUAUGGGUUUUAGGUGCUUUUGGCUCACUGAAGCUUACUUAAGUGAGGAUUUCCUUGCAAUGAGUAGAGUUUCCUUUCUGUCCCUUGUCACAAGUUUAAAAACCUCACAGCUUGUAUAAUGUAACCAUUUGGGGUCUGCUUUUAACUUGGACUAGUGUAACUCCUUCAUGCAAUAAACUGAAAAGAGCCAUGGGGAAAAAAAAAACUCAGCUA